AUGGAAAAUCUCUGCCGAUGUUGUCAUUCUCCAUACGGUCUUAAAAGUCUAGGUUCAUUUCAAGCGUAUGAAGGUGUCGGAGAAACAUAUUCCGCGAUAUUAAAAGAUACCUUUAACAUUGUUAUACAACCAUUUGUUGGGGCAUCAAGUGCUGUUUCUUAUUCUAUAUGUGAUGUAUGUGUUGCACACUUGAGAGAUGCAUCAACAUUCAAGCAGCAAGUUGUGACAUGUGAACAAAUCUUAUCUUCAUAUUGUGAUAAACAGGAUUUAAAAGGUCCAGCGUCCAUGGGAAAUGUUGUUAAAGAAGAGAUGACAGAAUUAGUAACUGGUACUAAUUGUAUAAUUUUUAUCACUUUUAGUGUUAGU